AUGUUCACAAGAACGAUAUCCAUCCUACUCCUCGUUCUCACAGUAUCCUCGGCCUUUGCUUCUCCCCUGAUCCGGGACCAGAGCGAAGAUGGUAUUGAGACGAAGGCAUUGAGCAAGCGCGGAGCUGUGCUAAGUGCACAAUUUGCCACCGAGUCCGAGGCUAGUGGUGUCUUCAUAUUGGAGAAUAACCUUUGGGGCGAAGCUGCUGCCACGAGUGGCUCUCAAACGUCGCAGGUGACUGCCACGAGUGGCACGACUAUCACAUGGCAUACCACCUACACCUGGGCAGGAGGACCUUUCAACGUCAAAAGCUAUGCCAAUCUCGAUCUCCGUCAAGGCCUCGGAAAAUCCCUGACUUCUAUUGCCUCAAUACCUACGACCUGGGAUUGGACUUACACCACUGCGAGCUCCGACCUUGUCGCUGACGUGUCCUACGACAUGUGGUUGUCUAACUCAGCCACCGGGAUGGGCUCGUCAAGUACUUCGACUUUCGAAGUGAUGGUCUGGUUGAGUUCGCGCGGAGGCGCUGGACCUGCUGGCUCGCAAAUUGGCACAGCUAACGUCAAUGGCGUAAUAUGGAACCUCUUCCGCGGCACCGUCGAGACUUGGACCGUCCUCUCCUUUGUCGCUCCUUCCGAGAUCACCUCUUUCAGCCAGGACCUCAAGCCCUUCUUCACUUUUUUGACCGCGAACCAGGGCGUGCCGGCUGAUAGCUUCUUGGUGCAGUUACAGGCGGGGACGGAACCUUUUGUUGGCUCCGCAACGCUCACGACCUCCGCGUACAACACUGUCAUCAACUGAAGGAGGUACGCGGUAAAGGUUUCCAAGCUUGGAGAUUCCAUGGUUUGGUUAGCCUGUCAAACAUCAUUUUUCAAUGUUCGCGUUUCGUGCUCAUGGGGAAGUCCAUGUACUGCACUGUGAGCUCGCGAUCGAUUUUUGGCCAGC